AAAACCAACUAUUCUUCUAACUGUCCUGAGCCUUGGAAGAGAUCAGACACACGGAGAGCUGUCGAACAUGUACUCUUCUAAUUGUCUUAAGCCUCUACUCAUCUUCCCAAUAUUGGCUACUCUCUGCCUCCUCUCCACCACCACCUCCACUGCCCAACCCAGCACCCAAUGCAGUGAGCGAUUCGAAUUGAUGAUCACCAAUGGAAAUGGAAGAAACAAGCCAAAAUGCCAGAAGUUGACAACUCUAAAGGCUGAAUUCGGUUGGACUAUUCUUAAGAAUAAGUCCAUCGAUAUCUUCUUCGGCGCAAGGCUGGAUAACGACGAGGGGUGGCUGGCCUGGGGUGUGAACCCUGAGAAGAGGCCACAGAUGGUCGGGACAAGAGCCAUCAUAGGCAUUAAGAGCCAAAAUGGGAGCCUAAUGGUGAACACUUACAACAUCACUAGUGGCACUAAGCUCGGCUGCCAGUUGCUUCCGUCCGAGCUUCAUGAUGAUAAUGAUGUGUUGUUUAGUAACAGGAAAAUCUUCAUCAACCAAACAGACUUCGUGGUAAUAUCUGCAACAGUAACUCUCCCUUCUGAAUACAACAUUACGGACCUCCAUCAUGUGUGGCAAGUUGGGGAUAAGGUCGAUGGGAACGAGCCCAAGAUGCACCCGACCACCCUCCAGAACGUUGAUAGUACCGAGACCAUAAACUUGAACACCGGGGAAGGCCACAGCGUCGGACAGCACCGGCGUCACCUAAGAACGGUUCAUGGGAUUCUGAACAUUGUGGGGUGGGGGACUCUGCUACCCAUGGGCGUGAUCGUGGCGAGGUACUUCAGGAAAUUUCCAUUUAAAAACACAUACUGGUUCUUAGCUCAUAUCUACAUACAAAUUAUUGGGUACACUCUGGGCACAAUCGGGUGGGCCAUUGGCCUGGUGCUGGGACACUCCUCCAGAUACUACACCUUCCGCAUUCAUCGAAUCCUCGCAAUAUUCAUAUUCACCUUCACAAGCUUACAAAUGUUGGCGUUGAGAUUGAAGCCGGAGACAAAGGAUGAAUAUAGGAAGUACUGGGACAUGUACCACCACUUCCUGGGGUACUCGCUUCUGGCCUUGAUAUCUGUAAAUAUAUUUCAGGGGAUUGCCAUCUUGAAGCCUGACAAAACCUGGAAAUGGGUGUACAUUGGAGUGCUUGGGGCUUUGGCUUCCAUCACUUUAGUCUUUGAGAUCUGUACUUGGGUAAAAUUCCUAAAGCAGAAGAAAAAGGACAAGGAUACCGCCAAACAACAAGCUGGUGCGCCAGGUGGCGGAGGAGCCCUUACUGGCGGAGGAGGCCCUCCUGGCGGAGGAGCCCCUACUGGCGGAGGAGCUCCUACUGGCGGAGGAGCUCCCCAUGGUGACCUACUAUCCCCUGAUGGAGGACCGGCUCUAUAAAGAGAAGUAUGUAAUUGAAGGACUAGGAUGGAGAGGGUAGAGCGAAGUGGGUUUUGCAAUUGAAUUGAAACAGGCAGGAAGUGUAGGGAUAAUAACUCCAAAGGAAGAUUCUGUGCCAUUCAGGAGUGCCCUACCCUACCUUUCAAAUUUUCAAUUGUUGAAUUUAAAAAUAAUUUUUGGUUAUUAAUUUAUUUAAUUAUGAUUGGUUUUUGAA